AUGUCACAGUUUCGCGAUACCUUUACGAAAGAUAGUAAAAAAGAGCCAUUAUUAAGUUAUGAUGACUCUGCAUUUAUUUUUUUCGCGGGAACUGUUUUAAUUUGUGUGUUAAUUCCAUGUACAUACAUUUACAUAAAAUCUCUAUUUAACAAAAAUUUCAACAAUGAUAGUAACAAUUUAAAAAAGUCCAAGCACAACAGUGUGUACCGGUCCUGUGCGUGUGCACUAUGUAAGGGAAAACUAGAGAGGAGAAAUAAAAGCACCACACUAUGGGAAAAGUUGGGAUAUAGAAGAAUAAUUCAAUUUUUCUUGUUGGUCCUAUUUUGGGGAUUGCUGUUCAUCCUGGUGCAGCAGAUGUUAAGUACGAAGCCUAUGCAGACAUUUGACCCGUUUGAAAUAUUAGAAGUUAAUUCAGGUGCAACAGUGGGAGAAAUUAAAAAGGCGUAUAGACUUAAAUCAUUGAAAUACCAUCCAGAUAAAAAUCCGAAUGAUACGUCAGCAGCAGCAAAAUUUAUUUUAAUAACAAAAGCUUAUCAAGCAUUGACAGAUGAAAUAUCAAAGGAGAAUUAUGAAAAGUAUGGAAAUCCAGACGGGCCUGGUAUGAUGAAGGUAGGAAUUGGCCUACCCAAACUAUUGAUAGAUGAAAAAUAUCAGUUGUUAAUAUUAUCCAUUUUUUUCUUAAUAUUUCUUGUCUUCAUUCCGGCCAUUUUUAUUAUAUACUACCAAAGACAAAAACAGUAUGGGCCCAAUGGGGUAAAAAUUGAAACCCUGCAAUAUUUAACGUACACUAUAAAUGAAAAUAGCAGAGCUAAGGCAUACCCAGAAAUGCUCGCAGCUACGGCAGAAAGUAGGGAUAUCGAAUUUCGAGAGGAGGAUGAACAAUAUGUGAAGAAAAUGAUGGACGAAUUAGUGGAACCGAAAAAGAGAACCUUCAAAGUACCUGUGAUAACGAAAAAUUACUUCUUAAUAUUAGCCCAUAUGCAAAGAAGGUACGAUUUAUUAUCAGAAGAAAUGAAAGAAGAUUUGGAAAAAAUUCUUCAAUUUUCCCUACUCAUAACGCAUAGUAUGAUAGAAAUUAGCAUAUUAAGGGAUUGGUUUUUAACAGCACAGGCUGCCCUAACAUUUAGAAGAUGCCUCAUACAAGCCUUUGACAUUAGAAGUUCAAGUUUGCUGCAAAUUCCUCAUUUUACUGAAAGUAUAAUUAAACACGUCCAUAAGGGAAAAUUCGCUGUGAAGGACAUCCUUGACUUUGUGCAUCAAAGUCAUGAGUCCAGAAAGGGACUAAACGAAAUGACCGAUGAGCAAAUUUUGGACGUCAAAUCUUUUUGUAGCAUUGUUCCCGAUAUUAAGAUGACUGCCGAAAUUUUGGUGGAAGAUGAGACUCAUAUUCCCAAAUUUGAAGAAUGGUGGAUUGUGGCUACGUACAAGGGAGAUGAUCGUAUCUUAAAAUAUGUACAUGUAAAAAAUUGUGAGAAAAAAAUUGAAGAAAAGUUACAAUUUAUGGUAGAUAGGGUAGGCAAUUUAUGUGUGUCCAUCUACAUCCUCAGUGAUUGCUACUUUGGAUGUGAUAAGAAAUUGGACUUGCAAUUCAGAGCCUACUCGCAAACAGAGAUAAAGAGAGAAAUUUUCGUGCACCCGGAAGACAUCGAGUUGGACAAUGAACCAACCCUCUUCCAACAAAUGAUUGGGGAUAUUGGCAGAAGAAACGACAGCAGUGAUGAAGAGGAAGCCCGCGCCGGUGGCGACCCGAAUAAAAGGAACAGCUCCGCGCGAGGCAGCACAGCCACCUCGAUGCGUAGCAACAGCCAUAACCAAACGGGAAAUGCGGGAAAUGCGGGGAACGGCGGCAAUGCUAACAACAAUAAUAGCAAUAACAACCGUAACAGCAAUAACAACAGUAACAGCAAUAAUAACAGUAAUGAUAAUGACGGUGGCGAUGGCGGAGGCGCGAAGCCGCCCCCAUCCCAGAGAACCGUGUCCAGGGAUCACGAAAAUUACGUGCCGGACGAUGACUCGAAUGAGGAUUCGGAUGAUGGCUAG